AUGAACGUUGUACACUCGACGCUGGUCGUGCUUUUGUUAACGCUGUUCGCUGUUGAAACAGUCGCCCAAGGCCCGCCUCGUGCAGUGUUCGAGCCUGCCCCCAUUGCAAAAGCCUCGCCAGAUUCUCCAGUAUUUACGUUCGUCAACAGCUCCGAGUGCUACCCUAAAACCGUUGCGACGAUCUACAAACUCUACGAGCGCAAUGCAAUGGUAUUCCAGACGUGUGCUACCGAUUCCAAGUACCAGUUAUUUCCAUUCGACGGAACCUACCCAACCUCAGAACAAAUAGGAUAUAUGGCUCGCUCACUCGCUUGCCGCGCGCUUUUCAGCUCAGCAUUGCUCGCGGGUAUCCCGGAGUGCAACAUGGGCGGCUCUCCACUCCGUGCUGCAAGUGAGACCCUGCUCAAGAUCAUAGUCGACGUUAGAAACUACCCAAUGUCCCCUGCGGUAAUUCCAAGCACUCCAAGAUUCGUGGAUUUGGUGUACUGGCGACGUGAUGUCAACCUCGCUGAAGCUGCAGGGCUCCCCAGUGAUUCUAAGUCAGAAUUGUAUUCGGAAUACGCCAGCAACUUGUACACAGUGGCGACGGAUGGUUUGGUGCGUCUGACGACGGACUUGAAGGUGGAAUACCGACCCGACGUGGACACCGCGUUCAGCCAAGAGAUGAUCAUGGCAGUCCCGGAGUUGCCGAUUCUGCGUGGCUCCGGUAGUAUUAGUGGGAGCGUCGGCUCAGCUUCAGCAGCUACGUCCAACGAUACCAUUGUGGUAGAGAACCCCGAUACCGUACCGGGCAUUCCACCGGCUGAAGCAAGAGCUAGCAGCGCUGGGUCCUCGAGUUGGAAAAAGCCUCAAUCGGUUUUCUUGGCAGCUGUGAUGAUCUUCGUGCUUGCAUAG